AUGUCGCCCGGGAAGCAAGGCAGGGGGACGAAAUGGGGAAAGCUGAUAUUGGUCGAGAAUCCCACCAAGCCCGUGACCCAAGGCUUUAAGGGGCCUGUCUGCGACAAGGUGCCUCGGACCAUCAACCUUCAAGGGAAGAUCACCUACAUCGGUCGCGGGAAGAAGUCGCCAAUUGGGGGCGCCACCCAGACGACGAUCGACCUCGGCUACAUCAGCAGCGGGCAUUGCUGCUUGUCUCUCAGGAGGAAAGACGGCGGCGGAAUAGAGGCGGUGGUCAAGGAUACGUCGAGCAAUGGCACCUACGUGGACGCCACCCGCGUGCCGAAGGGGAGUACCAGGGCCUUGACCGCGGAAAACCAGGUGGCGCUGUACUACCCCAUGGGCGCGACGGCCCUCGGGCGUCCCAUCCUCUACGACCUGGAGCUCUACGAGCAGGAGUUCGAGAAUGUGAAGAUGCGGCAGGAAGCCGUGGCGAAGGCUACCAGGGAGCUGGAGGCCGACCGGGAGCGCAUGGCCAACGACGCCCGCAGCCUGCGGUCCCAGCUGGAGGUCGCGGUCUCGAGGAACAAGCAGCUCGCGGCGGACAGGAACGCCUUGCAGGAAGAGCUUGCGUCCGCAGCGUCCACCCGGAAGCAGCAUGAGAAGAGGGCACACCAGCAGCAAGAACAGCUCAAGAAGACAGAGGCGGCCCUGUCAGGGUCGGAGGCGAGCAUGGCGGAGCUGGUGGAGGGUGCGCGGCGGGAUCGCGAGAAGGCGGCAGCCGCGGAGAGGGGCGAGGCCGAGGCCAAGAAGGACGGCGAGAGAAAGGAGAAGGAGCUCCGGGAGCAAAUCGACGCUCUGAUCGAACGCCAGCUGCAGGAUCAGCAGAAACUCGCUGAGAUCGCGGCGGAAUCUAAGUCGUGGAGCUCCAAGUUCGAGGACGGCCAGCUAAAGGCCGCGGAGACUCAGGCGAAUGUGUUCUCCCUCACAGCGCAGUUGAAAGACGCUCAGGAGGCGGUGGAAUCAUGCCGAGCCAAGCUGGCGGAGGAGGAGGCCGCCUCCGCAGAGGCGAAGCGGGCGAGGGCAGAAGCCGAGGGCGAGCUCGCGCGGAAUAAGAAUCAGCUGGAAGCCGCGGAGACCGGCCGGAAGAGCUUGCAAGGCUGUGCGGACGAGGUUAAGCUCCUGUCCGCGGAGCUUCAGGAGCGCAAGGCGACCUCGUCUCGGACGAGCAAGGGUCUUGAGCAAGCCCUGUCGGAUCUCGAGGAGGAGAGGGUCGCUAAGCGGAGGGUCGCGGAGGAGCUGUCGAAGCUCGAGGGCGAGGUCGGGGUGCUUCGAUCCGAGGAAAAGCGCGUGAAGAACCUACUGGAGGAGGCCGCAGCGUCCGGCACAGCCGCGAAAGCUGACUUGAGCCGAGUAACCGUGGAGCUGGAGGAGAGCCAGAAGACGACCCGCGCUCUCCAAGCAGAGGAGGCGAGGCUGGACCUAGAAGUCAGCAAGAAUCGGAGAGACGGCGUCAAGGGAGAGGCUCGUUUCAUCGGCACCAACUUGAAGAAAGCGAAGCAGAAGGCGCUGGUCCUGAACAAGGAGCUGAUGGAGCUGAUGCAGUACCUGGACGUCCCGGUGGGCAACAUGUUGGCCGACAGCCAGGGCGCGCCCAGCCUGGGCGACCCGACCGUUGACGACGCCAUUGCUAACGGCGGCUGCGGCAGCCACGGCAGCCCCGACCCUAACGGAAACGCCUCCGGCCACGGCCUGCGGCCAGCCGACGGCAACAACAGCGGGGCCGACAGCCCUGCACGCUCGUUGGGGAACGAAAUGGACGAAGUGGAGCGCUUGGACGCGACUCAGGGCAACGGCCCAUCGUCCGGUGCCACCGAUGCUGAAGGCGAAGGGACUGCCAACGGGGGGUCUUGUGAGGAGGACGGAGGUGUGGCACCUGAUGCUGGUGCCGGUGGGGGGGACGCAGAUGAGCAAGAUGACGACGAGGACACCGACGAGGAGAUGCACAACACCCAGGGGGAUGAAGAAAGGGGCAGCGAGGAGGCACCCAAGGCGCGCGCGCAGCCGAACGGAACGGCGGAAGUCUGCGCGGACGAGGACCAGACGGCGGGGAGGGACGACGGGGGCGACAGCACUCGAGAUGAGGGGAACGAAAACGACGAGGAGCAAGGGCAACUGUUGCUGGAAGUAAGCCUGUCGGGGCCCGCGGCGGCGGCGCCUCACGGCGCGGUGAGGCUGGACCAAGGCUUCGGAGACGAAGACGAGACGGAAUUUACGGUCCCUCCGCUUGACUUCGGCCGCGGCACUAGGGGAGGUCCCGCGGAAGGGGUGGACCAGGCCGGCGGAGGCGGCGGUACCCUCGUGUCGGCCGCUCCGCGCGAAGAUAACGGGGUCGCCGAGCAAGAAACCGAGCUGCUCACGGUGUCAGAGCUGGAGCAGCAGAUGAGCAAGCUGGAGGAUGCGGCGCCCGUUGGUAAGGAGCAGGAUGGUGGUAAAAAACGCCCGAGGGACGAAGGGCCUGAUGUCGGAGUGGAAGAGCGGCCGCUCUCGUCAGAACGAGACAACUUAGGGGCGCCCGCGGACAAGAAGGCCCGGGUGCAGGGAGGGGGUGAUGGUGCGAUAUGUACAUGCUUAUGCUUCGAUGUGUUGCGGUGGAUCAAUCACGGAGAAGAGGGUUCUUCAGACGACCGAGAAGACCAGAACCAGCGGCACGCGAGGAGCGGGAGCUACGCCGUUGACCAGCUCGCGGACAUCGCCGCCGCGCACCACUCCUCUAUGGCAAGCGUUGCGGGCGCCGGGGCUGGCGACGGAGGACUUCUCGGAGACGGAGAGGGUGCAUCCGCGUCGGAGGUGAGACGAAUACCGCGGGGAGAUGGCGGCGGCGACGACGAUGCAGGAAGAGAGAUGGGCGCAGACGCCGGCGGGAGCGAGGAGGAGGGGGUGGCAGGGGAGGAGGAAAAGUUCGCACCCGACGUUGACGACGAUGACAGCGACGAGACUUCCGACGAGAAGGGGUACUGAUGCACUGCUGUUGGGGGAGCUGCUGCACUUGGGUUAUUGGAGAGCAAAAGGGGAGCGUGGCGUGUGACGCCUCUAACAGACAUCGUAGGCGGCCGUGUCUCUUUUCGCGUCUCGUCGUGCUCUCACAUUCUCUGGAAAUGUUUUAGUGUGUUCGACAGCAAGAAGGUCUGAUCCACUGCUGUUGGCGAUGGUGUUAAGGAAGCUGCUGUAAUUAGGCUACUGAAGAGUGAAAUGGUUAGAGGAGAGCGUGUGACGCCUCAAACAGACACCGCAGGCGGCACUGAUCUUUUCGCGUCUCGUCGUGCCCUCAUGUCCCUCGCCGGAAAAAAUAGUAUGUGCUCUUUCUUGGUUGAAGAGAACUGCAAUGGGUUAGACGUUGGUUUUUCCGAGCAGUGCCGACUGCGGUGGGUUUGCUAGUUUUUAUUCUCCUGCGCAUGGUAGCCAGCGGGGUUUUCUCUCGCUGUGUUUAAUGAGCGUUCGACAUGUCGGCGUGUAUGGUAUGACCUUUGGUGCUGCAUCGAUGUGUAGAAAUUUUACUUCGGUUCAGUUGUUUUACUAAAGCACGAAUGCGUGCCACAAAAAUUGAUUCUCCGACGAGUUACCGCAGAAUUGCACGUCCGCUGAUCUUUAAAAGCGGGAUUGGUUACCCUAGGAUGACGAACAACAACUCGAAGUACUCUAGUACUAGCCUUCGCGGCGAAGCUCGUCUCCCUGAUCUGAAGAGUAUUGCUUCAUGUUGGGUGAUCAUCACGAGUGUCUUUGUCCUCUUGAACCUUCGUGAGUUCACGCAGUAGUCUCUUCAUGGAACGGGGCGAUUGUUUCUUGCCCUCUAUCCCCCCGAUGGCGUCGUACCCAAGCGUUUGGUGGUGGCGCCGCCCUAGGGCUGUUGCAUGGUAUCAACCUGCUUUGCACAAAUGUGCUUGGUCGUCUAGGUCGUCCGGAUUUGGUUGUUGGAGUCUUGCAACGGGCGGUGUGUGAAAGCAUAUCUGUCUCCUUCUGGACUCCGGGGGUGGGUUUGACUGUCCCGCUAGUAUCCGAAAAUUGUUAUGCGGGUCUUUGUGGGGAGCGCGGGGUAGGCGGCGCGGCUUGUUGGUCAAUACGGUAGACACACGUUUGAGGCACGCCUGGGGCCGAUAUUGGGGAACGCGUGCACGAGUUGUAGGACUCAUCUCCACGUGGAGUCGAUUUUGUGCACGCGGCUGCUUCAUGUUUUAAAUUGUUCGUGGUCUGUAUAUGUUCUCGGUGUAAAUUGAAGUUCGCAUUUUCUUCUUUCAUCACCCGAGAUUCGCUCUGCAGCGUGACGGUCAUGACCGCUUGUGACUUUAACA